CAAAGACUUUGGAGAGAGGAGAGAGAGGCAGAGAAGAAGAGAGAGAGAGGCAGAAAAGAGAUAGAGAAGGGGAACGAGCAGAGGGUGUUGUGGAGGUAUGGACUGUAACUGCGUCAGUGAUCUGCUGAUCCCCCCGGUGCCCGCUCUUUGGACGCCAGGGAUCGCCUUUCCGGACUGGGCCUACAAGCCCGAGUCGAGCCCCGGGUCCAGACAGAUCCAGCUGUGGCACUUCAUCCUGGAGCUGCUGCAGAAGGAGGAGUAUAACGGGGUGAUCGCCUGGCAGGGGGAGUACGGAGAGUUCGUCAUCAAGGAUCCGGAUGAAGUGGCUCGGCUGUGGGGGAUGAGAAAAUGCAAGCCACACAUGAACUAUGACAAGCUGAGUCGGGCUCUGAGGUAUUACUACAACAAGCGCAUUUUGCACAAAACCAAAGGGAAGCGCUUCACCUACAAAUUUAACUUCAGUAAGGUCGUGUUGGUCAACUACCCCAUCCUGGACAUGGCCAACUCUCCCUUCUUUCUGGCACAGAACCACUUCAACGGGGGCACCAGCACACCAGACUGCAGCCCAGAGGCCAUACAGUCUCUGUUUCCUCGUCUGCCAGACUCCGGCAGGGGGACGUCCCUGUUUGAGCGAAGCACCACAGCACCGGGGCCCGAAGGAGACAAACUAAGGCUGGAUUCAUUCCCCUUCCUCAGUACAGGUGCUCCGUGCUACACCAAGCCCCCGUCCCUGCUGGGCCCCUAUGCUCGCAACCCACCCUUCGACUACCCCUGGGGCUUCAACCCAUACCUCCCAGGGGCCUUCUCCCUCAACAACUGCCCCAAACUGCCCCCUGGCUCCCUUUACCCCUCCCAGUUUUACCCCAACCCUUUGCAGAGCAGCCUCUCCCAGCUGCCUCACCCUUUCUCCUCCUUACUCCCCCCGGCGGAGGCAGGCGGGGGUGAGAGGGGGCAAACCGGGGGGACAAACGGCACGGCGGGUGGUCAGCAGAUCAGACUCUGCCUGCCUCCCUAUCCAGGGGGCCUGUCGCUGGGUCGGACGGACAUUGCCAACGUGGCGUCGUUGGCGGAGAGAGAGAGGGCGGAGGUCAAUCCUCCAGGUACAGGGGUGAGUCUAGGUCUGGGAGCUGGGACGGGCCUGCAGAGCCCCACGGAGAGGAGAGGAGGGGUGAAGCAGGACCCCGAGUCAGACUCGGACCUGGAGAUCACAGAUCUGAGCGACUGCAGCUCGGAUAACGAGAACGACCACGACUUCAGGAAGGGACCCAGCCUGGCGAGCCGAUCACAGAUAGUGCUGGAUGGGAAGAAAGGGAGCGUGCUGCCACCCAUCUCCUCUCUCCCACCGACAGCGUCCCCGCAUCCUCUGAAGAGCGUGAUGCCCGUCUCUCCCCCACCCCCGUCCCUGCCUCUGUCGCUCUCCCCCUCCCUGGCUCUGCAUGAAAGACACAGGGAGACAGAGACUCUCAAAAUGAUUCGCAGCUAA